GACGGACCCGGAGCGAUAGCCGACUACAAACAUACAAAUUAUCGAGUUUCUAACAAAGAUAAAGACGGCUCUGCGUCUCCGCGUAUUUGCCAACUGUAUUUUAGCCAAAUAAAAGCGACUGGAAAGGUGAAAACCGCCGGAGCAGGACUGCCCACACUGCCACCCACCGAGGACGCCAGCGGAACAGCCUUGCAGCCACAGCGAAGGCCGUGUGCAGUGCACGAGUGCGAGCGAGAGGGCAGCAGGCGACACAGGCAAAGGCGAGCGAAUCAUUUUCGCAAGUGUUGUGAUAGAAAAAAGUGAAGGAGCUGCGACAGUGAGCCCAAACGACCACGACCAAGAAUGUCUUCAACCCCAGCAGCGGGCAGUGCCGCCGAGGUGGCCACCUCCAGUGCCACCUCAAAUGCCCCGAGUGCGCCCAGCACGACGGCCAGCAACGUGAGCAAUCCCAGCCAGCCCCCGUCCGCCGGAACGCCGCAGGCUCGUGGUGGCAGGGGCAGUAACGCCAACGGAGGAGCCUCCGGCAGCAAUGCGGCCGGCGGGGAUGAGCCGCGCAAGGACUCCAAGCCAACGCCCAGAAUUUCCAAGGCCCUGGGCACGUCGGCCAAGCGCAUCCAGAAGGAGCUGGCCGAGAUCACACUGGACCCACCGCCCAACUGCAGUGCCGGGCCCAAGGGCGACAACCUGUACGAGUGGGUCUCCACCAUCCUGGGACCACCCGGAUCCGUCUACGAGGGCGGCGUCUUCUUCCUCGACAUACACUUCUCGCCCGAGUACCCCUUCAAGCCACCCAAAGUCACGUUCCGGACGCGCAUCUAUCACUGCAACAUCAACAGCCAGGGCGUCAUCUGCCUGGACAUACUCAAGGACAACUGGUCGCCGGCGCUGACCAUAUCAAAGGUCUUGCUGUCAAUUUGCUCCCUGCUCACAGACUGUAAUCCAGCCGAUCCGCUGGUGGGCAGCAUUGCCACGCAAUAUUUGCAGAAUCGAGAGGAGCAUGAUCGAAUUGCGCGUCUCUGGACAAAACGGUACGCAACAUGAUGCGUAAGUUCCGGCAUCGUAAACGUACCACAAACCGAAAACUGCAACAACAGAAACGAAAAUUCGCAUCUUGCAACGGAGAAAGUCUAUUUUAUAAAUAUAUAUUAAACUACGAUAACUAAUAAAUUAACAGUAAAAACUA